GCGCGUCAGCAGAACAAAAAUCGUCCUCGUCCCAGUGAGUGAUUUUCACACCAGCAAAUUCAAGGCAAUCGCCCCACAAAGUUUCGCGAAGUCGAAAAUCCCUCUUUUUCAACGCUUUAAAAAGUGCAAAUUGUGUUGCUAAAUGUGGCUGUAGCCACUUCCUGUUGCCGUGUUUCGUGUCCAAAGUCGCCGCCGGCGGAACAUUUCGCCAGAAUGAAAUUGUGCCCAGAAUGGAAGAAGGGAUUUUGCGGUAGCAAAAAAGGUAGCAAGUGUCACUUGCUGCUGCUGUGGAGGGGAGCAGCGCUCGGCCUACUACUGCUGCUGGCGGUAAUUGCGGUUGGUCAAGUGGACGGGGCGACGGCGGCCAACACUGAUCCGUACAAGAUUUUGGGCAUCCAGAAGCAUGCCACCCUGCAGGACAUCCGGAAGGCCUACAAACAGCUGGCCAAAGAAUGGCACCCAGACAAAUCGGACCAUCCGGAAGCGGAGACAAAGUUUGUGGAGAUUAAGCAGGCUUACGAGCUGCUGUCGGACACGGAACGACGUAAGGCGUACGAUCUGUACGGAAUAACCAACGAGGAUGCCCACCUGUACAAGGAACGUCCGGACUACAGCAGCUACGGAAGGUUCCCGGACCCGUUCGAGCAGUUCUUUGGCCACAACUUUAACUUCCACGAUCAGGACAUUAGCCUGUUCCACAAGCUGUCCAUCACGUCCAAAUAUUACGAAACAAACAUCGUCCCGAAGAGUCGUCACACGCCACAAAUCUUGAUGUUCUACUCGGAUUGGUGUUUCUCUUGCAUGAAGGCGGCCAACUCGUUCAAGAAAAUGAUCGAUACACUGGAACCGUUUGGCGUGACCUUCGCCACGAUAAACGCCGGCCACGAAAACCAGCUUGUUCGGAAGGUGGGCGUGCACUCACUGCCGUGCGUAAUCAUGGUCCUCGACGAACACAACUACGUGUACAAGGAAAGCGUCUACAACACGCAGCGCGUCGUCGAGUUCAUCCGCCAAAAGCUGCCCUACAAGCUGCUGCCCAACAUCGACGACAGCUCGGUGGACUCGUUCCUGAACGGCUGGUCCGACAAUCGCGUGCGCGCCAUCGUAAUGGAACCCCGCACCCAACCCCGCCUACGCUACCUUAUCACUGCCUUCCACUUCCGCGAACGUGUCGCCUUCGGCUUCGUCCAGCUCAACUCGCAGAAAACGCAACGCAUCCAAGAGCGGUACAAAAUUCACCCCUCGCUCGACACCCUGCUCAUCUUCAACGAAGAACCCAGCCGGCCCGUGGCGUCGAUCUCAAUGUCGGACAUUCCAACCGCCACCCUCAACAACAUCAUCUCCGUCAACAAGUACCUCGCCCUGCCCCGGCUCUCCUCCCAGUCCAUGCUGGAAGGCGUCUGCCCUGCGGAAUGGAAUCGACCCCGCAAGCGCCUCUGCGUCGUCCUCGUGACGGAAAACAUCCCGACGCACGACGAGGCCCGCCACGCGAUGCGCCGAAUCGCGCUCGAGUCAAACUACAGCCCGGAACGGGUCCGGUUCGCGUACAUCUACCAGGAAAAGCAGGCUGAAUUCAUCGACGCCCUGGCCGAGCACAGCAAGCUGGACGAAACGGUGCUGAAGGUGGUCAUCAUCUGGCGCCGGGACACGAAGCACGUCAAGUACGAGUGGGUUCACGGUGCGACACUCGAGCGGUUGGAUAAGAGUGGUGGAGGGGAAGGUGGUGGCGCAGAAGGGGGAAGCGGCGCCGUGGAGAACGAAACGCACGAGAUUAACUAUAACAACACGAAGCAGAAGGUGGACGGAGCGAUCCAGCGGCUGUUGCGCUCGUCAGAGGCGUUGACGUACGAGGCUGAAGUGAAGGACCUCCUGGACGAGCACGCCCAGGGCUUGGUGGUGCGCAUCUUGAACAAGUUCCUGAUGGCGUUCGAGUACAUGACGGACAACCUGGGCCAGGAGCACAUCCUGCCGGCGCUGUCCGUCGUCGGUACGAUCGCGUUCAUCCUCGGGGCCGGCUACCUCAUGUCCUACCUGGUACGCAUCGAGGAGGAAAACAUCCAGAAGAAGCAGAGCAAAAACCCGGACGAUCGAAAUGGUAAAACCAUGAACUACGUUCCGGAGUUGCGCCUGCACGAGCUUCGCGCCGAAAAGUACAACGGGCUGGUGCGUCUACUGAAGCCGGGUUGCCGCACCAUCGUCCUGCUAACCGAUCUGCAAUCCCGGAACAAACUCAUUCCGGCCUUCCACAAGGCAGUGUGGCCCUAUCGGAACAUUUCCUCCGACGACAGGAACAAAACGCUCAUGUUCGCCCACAUGCUCAUCGAGAAGGGCAUCGGUUGGUACGCGGAACUGCUCCGGUUGUCGCUGUCCGAGUCGCGCGAGAUGAAGAUCAACCCGCGCAACUGCAUCGGCACCGUGAUUGCGCUCAACGGCCACCGGAAGUACUUUUGCAUGUACCACGCCAAACACCCGGAGUCGAAUCGGGGCGCCAAGCGCAUGAUGAAAAUGACCCGGCAGCUCAGCACGAUGCCGUCGGAUCCGGAAGCCGGCGCGUUCCUCGGCAUGGACAGCUCCGACUCGGAGACGAGCACGUCGGACUUCUCGGAGCCGAAGAUCCUGCUCGAGGAGAACCUGCUGGACGGUUUGCCCAACUGGCUGGACCGGCUGUUUGAGGGUACGACCCAUCGGUACUACAUCAACUACUGGCCAGAUUUCACUUCCAAGUAAAAAGUGUAAACUUUAAUGAAAUAAUUACUUGCAAAAGCCAAAGACGAGGCCAUUCUAGUAAGAAGAAGAAGACGACGGGGGCUGAACAUUUUCUGAGAUUUCUCGAAAGACACGGGCAACCAACCAAUUGUUCAUAUAUUUUGUUUCCUCUAUUGUCUAUUUGUUUUUUCGCGACGACAAUUUUUGUUGUUGAAACUAUUGUUUUUCUAGCGGAUAAGUUGGAUUGUGAGAGAAACACGAUUGUUAGAACAGUAACUUAUUUCAUUGCGUAACAAAUAUCGUUGAUUUUCACACACCAUUACGAAGAUAGAUUAUUUUUUGCUGUGACAGCAAAAGCAUUAGUGAACAUUAACGAUCUAGUCAAAUCUAACAUUUUAGAAUGUAAUAAACAAAAUAGCAUGUUUUAUAUAGAAAAAACUUUAUCUUGAUUACGGAAACGGUAGUUGGCGACACAACAAAACACACACAUAUUGAGAUAAUUUAAGAUUGUUCUCUAUAUCUGCCAGCAGCAGGAAAAGGGGAAUGUUUCUUGUACGAGAUAAGCAAAAGAUUAAAAAAAACUUAGAAUAUUCAAUCAGCUAUAGAACCAAUUUUGCAUCACAAAAAAAACUUUAUCGUAAGCAAAAAUCUUUUACAUUCUUGUAAGCAAAUAAAAACCUUUUCUUUCUCUCUGAACGUGUGAGAUUUGUUGGCAAACAGUACGAAAUUCACCGAAAUAGUCACCGACUUCUAACCACAAAUUUUCCGGAUUGCCCAGACCGCUUGAUAUUUUCUUAAUAUGGCAUCAAAACUCCCCUGUUAAGAACGAUUCCAGAGAAUUUCGGGCUCAUUUGGAUCCAUCACAAUUUUAGCCCCUUCCCGCCUAGAGUAAAAUCGAGAUUUUUUCCGUUUUCCUUCAUAACUCGUAACUGGAUGAAUGAUGGAUUUAAUGGUAAUAAGUUAACAAUCUAUAUAAACUAAUGAAAGUUGAACCAGGUUGAAAAAAUGCAUGCUUGCUGAAAAAUUUAAUUUUGAAAACAAAAAUUCGUGGUUCGCUGGAGUAGGGUAGGGUAGUCAUCAAUGAGACACUUUUGGUUUUCAACUUUCAACGAUUUUUCUAAUUUUUUCACCAGCAUGUCUUAAUGAGCUUUUAGUUGCAUUAUCUUUCUUUUAAUAUGUUCUACCAUUGACCAAAAUAUGUGAUCGAUCCGACAUCUACAGCCAGAGUUAUUCAACUGUCUCAUUGUAGACGCACUUUUCAGGAACAAUGAGACAGCUGGGGAACAAUGAGACACUCUACGAAAAUCAAGAUUUUUCUAGUAAAACAUCAUGUUUUGGUAUUGUUCCAUUGCAGGUGACUUGCCUUGAACAUUUUUGAGCAAUUUUGCCAACAUGACACUUUUAAUAACAAAAGUUACACUAGAAAGUAUUUAAAUUUUGUAAAAUCCAUAUAUUUAUACCAAAUAACUUUGUAUUUUUGGUUUAAACUCUGUAAAUAUGCCAAAAAUCACUUUUAAUUCAUGUUUUGAAAGAUUUCCAUCGAUUUUGAAAAGUUUAUUGAAGAAAAAUCAAAGUGUCUCAUUGUUACCCAUGGGCUGAAAUGAGUGGGGAACAAUGAGACAGUCCUGAAUUCUGGGUGUAUUCUAAAUUUUGGCCAAAUCUAAUGAAAGGACAUUGUAGCCCAACUUAAUCCCUAUGGAACGUCGAAAGACAUUUGAAGAAAUAUUAGUUUUGGUGUAAAUGGCAGCCUACGAGCGAAAAAGUAUUUUUUGUCCAUGAUUUACUUUUACACCCCUCAAGGGAGCGUCCAUAACCAAAGCCACUUAUAUGGCAGACGUGUAUCCAGUAGACACACCUUUCCCCCAAAUAUGAGCCUGAUUGGUUGAAACUACGACUUAUGAGAGCCAUUUUAUCAUUGUUCCCCGUGUCUCUUGAUGACUACUCUACCCUAACCAUGGGCGUGAGAGGGUUAGAAAACAACAUCCUGUAAUCUCCUUUCUGCAUUCAACCUGGAGCUGACCGAAUUCUUAUAAAGAUCCUCUGAAACCUAUGAAAAUUGAGCAGUUUUCAUCAUCUGCUCCAAACAGAAACAGUCUUUUUCUCUACGACUUUUGUUUACAAUGCGUUCUCACAAAUUUCCUUCAUUUUGCCCUGCAAAAUUAGCUUUUAUUCGAGGGCCUCGUGGCGCGGUGGUUAGCGGCUUCGGCUGCCGAUCCCUAAGUUGCUAUGGGCCGUGGGUUCGAUUUUCGCCUUAUCCUCCUGGCCUUCUAUCGGAUGGGGAAGUAAAACGUCGGUCCAUUUGCGUAAAAUAGGUUUUGGGUGACUCACCAUACAUAACCUUCGGACGCCUAGAAAUGAGCAGAAACUUGCAACAGAGACCACUACAAAUCCGGGGGUCGUGGAAAGUGGAUUGCUUUGCUUUUUAAACUUUUUUUAAAUUUUCGAAUUUUCCGCCGCAUUUUGUGAUCGUUUUUGACGUUAAUUCUGGAGUUUUUUUUGAAAAGGUCCAAUAAACCAAAUUUCCAGUUUUUGCUUUUUGGGUGUUUUUAGAACCGCCUUGAGUCAGGGGUAUUAAAAACACCCAAAAAGCAAAAACUGAAAAUUUGGUUUAUUGGUCCUUUUAAAAAAAAACUCCAGAAUUGUCGUUUGUCAAACGUCUGUUUAUGUCUUGUACUGCUAAUGAAGUUUACCAAAUGUACGAAAACGUUCGGAAGAAGCUACGCAAAGUUCGGUACGUUAAACAAGUUUGAUGCUAUUAACCUUAUUUUAAUUUUAUUUUUAAUGAAUUAUUUAAUGAAUUUCAUGCAGAUUUCCAACCAAUCUCACUGCGCGAAUCGCCCAAGAAAAAUCGAUUCCAUUUUUUUUCUUUCAAUGAGAUCCUAAAAAAACUCUUUACUUUCUCGCAAGACUCUAUAAAGCUAGCUGACAGAUCUCAUCAAACGAAACGAAACUGCACCCAAAUUCCGCGACGGAAGACUGUUUUCGAGGCAUUUCGUAGGCAGGCUCUUUUGUGGUUAAAUUUCAUGCGUGUAGAAAAAGAACAGCUGCUUUGCACCAUCGGAAUAGGGCACACACUUUUUCAGAUUAUCUUUCGCAAUCCACGAGUGUUUUAACGAAAGGGAGAAAAACUUCAGCAAGUGAUAGUAUUAUAAUACCUAAGACCAUCUCUACCGACAAACUCUUUGUAAGCGAAAAUAGUGGCGCGACUUGUUUAGAUUUUCCACUCUACUUCGAUACGCGAAAAGAAAGCACGUGCGCAUGCUAAAUCGUUUAGACCGCUGCUGUAGCGCAAAUCGCAAGUCUUAUCUCUCUUUAUACAAAACCAAACACUAGAACGAAGCGCAAAAUUCAAGGUUGAGCAGCAAGAUAAUUGAAAUUGAAGAAUGGCGUCUUUUCUUCCCAAAUUCUAGGCAGCAAAAUUUAAAGAAACAACUAAUAUGUAACAACAAAACUACACACGGUUAAUGCAGAGAAAUAAAGUAAAAAUAAGCCACACAAAAUUCGAACAGUUUUCACACAAA